AUGUUCCCAUGUCGCUGCGCCGCUGCCGCUGCGCUCCCCCCCGCUGACGUCAGCGCGAGCGACGCAUCCGGCAGGACUGACGUCAGCCGUUUUGCUAGCGAUGUCGGAGGCCCCAUUAGGCGACAAGCCCGCAGUGACGCCUUAUCGUUUAAUAGAAGCGGCGCGUUUUCCGCGGAGAGCUUGACACGUGGCGCAGAUGGCGCCGAAAUUCCGGCGUUAUCCAGAGGCGUGGGGCUCCGAAGGUUCCAGGUGGUUUCGCCGGUGUGCAUGGGACGGCGAUCGUCGAAAAUCGCGACGCGCAAGAACGCACAGGAUGCGCGCAAGUCAAAGCUGUACGGCAAAUUUGGAAAGCAGAUCAUAUCCGCAGUCAAAGCAGCUGGCCCCAGCCCAGCCAGCAACUCGAUGCUGGCGGCGCUGCUGGUGGCAGCGAAGCAAGGGGGAGUGCCCAAAGAUGUGAUUGAUCGGAACAUCAAACGUGCGUCGGAGAAGGGACAGGCGGAUUUUACAGAGAUUGUGUAUGAGAUCUACGGGCUCGGAGGGGUCGGCAUAGUGGUGGACGUGCUAACAGACAACAACGCCCGGGCGGCAGCUACAGUGCGAGACGUCGUGAGAAAGGGCGGCGCCAAAAUGGCCGAUCCGGGCUCUGUUCUUUUCAACUUCAAGAGCGCCCGGGCGUAUGCUGAGGCAUUUUCUAGGUUAGCAGUACGCCCGGGCGGCAGCUACAGUGCGCGACGUGGUGCGCAAGGGAGGCGCCAAGAUGGCCGAUCCGGGCUCUGUGCUCUUCAACUUCAAGAGGUGCGCUCUCGAGAUUUUAGAAUUGGGAUGUGGUGCGAUGUGCGCAAGGGCGGCGCCAAGAUGGCUGAUCCGGGCUCUGUGCUCUUCAACUUCAAGAGUACUGGUGGGAUGUGGUGUGGUACGGGCGGCGCUGAGGUGUAUUUUGAGGCUCUGUGCUCUGAGGUGUAUUUUGAGGCUCUGUGCUCUGAGGUGUAUUUUGAGGCUCUGUGCUCUGAGGUGUAUUUUGAGGCUCUGUGCUCUGAGGUGUAUUUUGAGGCUCUGUGCUCUGAGGUGUAUUUUGAGGCUCUGUGCUCUGAGGUGUAUUUUGAGGCUCUGUGCUCUGAGGUGUAUUUUGAGGCUCUGUGCUCUGAGGUGUAUUUUGAGGCUCUGUGCUCUGAGGUGUAUUUUGAGGCUCUGUGCUCUGAGGUGUAUUUUGAGGCUCUGUGCUCUGAGGUGUAUUUUGAGGCUCUGUGCUCUGAGGUGUAUUUUGAGGCUCUGUGCUCUGAGGUGUAUUUUGAGGCUCUGUGCUCUGAGGUGUAUUUUGAGGCUCUGUGCUCUGAGGUGUAUUUUGAGGCUCUGUGCUCUGAGGUGUAUUUUGAGGCUCUGUGCUCUGAGGUGUAUUUUGAGGCUCUGUGCUCUGAGGUGUAUUUUGAGGCUCUGUGCUCUGAGGUGUAUUUUGAGGCUCUGUGCUCUGAGGUGUAUUUUGAGGCUCUGUGCUCUGAGGUGUAUUUUGAGGCUCUGUGCUCUGAGGUGUAUUUUGAGGCUCUGUGCUCUGAGGUGUAUUUUGAGGCUCUGUGCUCUGAGGUGUAUUUUGAGGCUCUGUGCUCUGAGGUGUAUUUUGAGGCUCUGUGCUCUGAGGUGUAUUUUGAGGCUCUGUGCUCUGAGGUGUAUUUUGAGGCUCUGUGCUCUGAGGUGUAUUUUGAGGCUCUGUGCUCUGAGGUGUAUUUUGAGGCUCUGUGCUCUGAGGUGUAUUUUGAGGCUCUGUGCUCUGAGGUGUAUUUUGAGGCUCUGGGCUCUGAGGUGUAUUUUGAGGCUCUGUGCUCUGAGGUGUAUUUUGAGGCUCUGUGCUCUGAGGUGUAUUUUGAGGCUCUGUGCUCUGAGGUGUAUUUUGAGGCUCUGUGCUCUGAGGUGUAUUUUGAGGCUCUGUGCUCUGAGGUGUAUUUUGAGGCUCUGUGCUCUGAGGUGUAUUUUGAGGCUCUGUGCUCUGAGGUGUAUUUUGAGGCUCUGUGCUCUGAGUUGUAUUUUGAGGCUCUGUGCUCUGAGGUGUAUUUUGAGGCUCUGGGCUCUGAGGUGUAUUUUGAGGCUCUGUGCUCUGAGGUGUAUUUUGAGGCUCUGUGCUCUGAGGUGUAUUUUGAGGCUCUGUGCUCUGAGGUGUAUUUUGAGGCUCUGUGCUCUGAGGUGUAUUUUGAGGCUCUGUGCUCUGAGGUGUAUUUUGAGGCUCUGCGCUCUGAGGUGUAUUUUGAGGCUCUGUGCUCUGAGGUGUAUUUUGAGGCUCUGUGCUCUGAGGUGUAUUUUGAGGCUCUGUGCUCUGAGGUGUAUUUUGAGGCUCUGUGCUCUGAGGUGUAUUUUGAGGCGCCUCAAAAUACACCUCAGAUGCCGGAUCCAGGCUCUGUGCUCUUCAAUCUCAACAGGCAGGGCGUGCUUGCAGUCCCAGCAGCAACAGCAGAUCUUGACGAGGUGCUGCUGGUGGCGGUGGAUGCUCAUUCCCCUUGUUCACCCAUGCGCCUAUGCCGCAUGUCUCUUCUUCCCCUCCUCUCCCCUCUUGCAGGCAAGGCGUGCUUGCCGUCCCAGCAGCCACGGCAGAUCCUGACGAGGCAAGGCGUGCUCGCUGUACCAGCAGCCACAGCAGACCCGGACGAGGUGUUGGUGGUGGCGGGCGUACUAGCCGUGCCAGCAGCCACAGCAGACCCGGACGAGGUGUUGGUGGUGGCGGUGGAUGCAGGGGCUGAUGUGGGUGGUGUGGUGGCGGUGGAUGCAGGGGCUGAUGGUGCUGCUGUUGGUGCUGGUGCUCAGUCCCCUUCCUUCCAUUUCUCCACUUCCCCUCUCCCCCACUCUUACAGGCAAGGUGUGUUGGCUGUCCCAGCAGCAACAGCAGACCCGGACGAGGUGUUGGUGGUGGCGGUGGAUGCAGGGGCUGAUGACGUCAUCAACCCUGGGGAGGACUUUGUCUGUUCUGUCCUCUUACCUCCCAUCUCCUCUUACCUCUCUCAGGUUCUUCCGAGUGCUGACUCCAGCCGAGUCCUUUGCAUUGGUGCGAGCACAGCUGCAGGAGUAUGGGCUGACGGUGGAUGCAACCCUUCAUGUGACCCCUCCCUCCCGUACGCCCCUCUCCUCCCCGCCCCCCAUCUUUCCUCCAUGGUCUCUCCCCUUGUCAGAUUCUUCCGAGUGCUGACUCCAGCCGAGUCCUUUGCCUCGGUGCGAGCACAGCUGCAGGAGUAUGGGCUGACAGUGGACGCGGAGCACUCAGGCCUCAUGUUCAUUCCCACAGCUGCCAUGCAGCCUGACGAGGAGGCUCGGGAGCAGAACGAAGCUCUGAUGGAGAAGCUGCUGGAGUUGGAUGACGUGGAUGCAGUGUACUGCAACCAAUAG